AUGCCAAACUGGUCUUCCUUGCCGACGGAGAUUCGCAUCAUGAUUCUGGAGCUGCUUACCCAGCAUCAGCGUCUAUGCAUGUACGCCACUGUCUCCAAAGAAUGGCAGAUUAUGAUCGAAAAGAAAACGUUCCACCGGCUGAAGUUGAAACAAUCAUGCCUGGACGACUUCGAGCGGCUGGUAAAACGACAACGCGGGUUAGUUAGGCAUGUUUGGCUAAACAUAGAGCUUAAACGGUAUACCUGUCGUUGUUGCCGACAGUGGGAGUCGAUGACAUGGACGCAUCAAAAUAACAAAAUCAUCGUCCCAGCUAUUGCAAAGCUCUUUUCCAUUUUAAGCACCUGGAAGCCAGCAAAGGAAGGUCUGACGCUGGAACUGAAUGCAUACUCGCCCAGUGACCCAGAACACUGUCACAAAAUUUCUUCUUCGCCGGCAAUGUCGUCGUCAAUGGGCACCCGCUACCUUAUGGUAUCUAUGGUCAAAACUCCCUCGAUGAUCGAUAAGCACCUACCAAAGCGUCUCAAAAGACUAUCGGUAUUUGAAGAUUUCAACGAAAACUAUCUCGCUCUAUUCCAGGCCCAACCAAGUGACAUCCCUGAGAUUGACCCAGAUAGAGUCCGUAUUACGACUCCAGCGGUUUGUGUGGCACUCGCAGCGAGAAGCCUCAAGCUCGAGCAACUAUCCGUCUCCUUCAUAGCUGACGCCCAGUACUUCUUUGAGGCACGCCAGCCGCAAUGGCGAUGGAAUCACCUCCAGUCGCUUGCACUAACGUCGCGGCUGAUGAGCCCCGAGUCCUUCCAUCUACAAAUUACCUGCAUGUUACGAAAUGCUGGCAAGGCGGCAUUUUUCAUGCCGAGACUGGAGGUCAUGACCUUGUGGAAUAGCAUCGAGGGGGAAGCUUGCGCAUUCAUAUAUCGCAAAAUGGAUGGCUCAAUUACUUGGCGGGGGACAUGGGAGUUCAAGCUAGAGCAUACUGUUUUGAAAGUUUGGAAAAGGGCAGUACACGAGUAUGGUCGACAUGAAUUUCGAGUUGAGACUCAACUGCUGGAUUGUGAGAUUCGGUCUCAUGGAGACGCUAUCUAUCACUUGGGUUUGCAGUCUGUAAUUGAUUCUCUAUCUAUGCGGCAAAUACAGAGGGAGAAUUCAAAGGGUCGCUAUUAG